AUGGAUCUGACGGACUCUGAGUUGUAUGAGUGUGGCGGAUGUUCUAAUUUCAUACCAUCUUCUGAAUCUGACCCCCCGCCACCCAUUACCUACCAUGUGACGGAAUGUAAACCUGGAGAUAUUCAUUUGCAAGAAUGUGACGCUAAUACUGAAAGUGCACCGGCCCUAGAUGAGUCAGACACGAUGGUAUCUCAGGACUGUAGCUUUGAAGCUUCAGACGCUGUAAAAAAGCAAGACACAUUUACUCAGGCAGAUGACUUUCAAGAUUUGUCAAAGGAAAACUUAGAACCGUCAAGCAACACAGUGGGAUUAGCCUCAGAAAAAAUACCACAAAGUGUUCAAGUCAAUGGAUUUUCGUUUAAUGGCCCAAACCGGAUAGGAAAGUCGCUGGGUCACACACAAGAUUUGUUUGAUGAAACUCCUAAUCAGCCGAUGCGCUUUUCUGAGCCGCUUAAUGCAAGUAAAAAUAAUACUAAUUCAUCUAACAGCCCUUUUCUGUCUGGAUUAGAAUCGCAUUCGUCAUCAUUGGCGCGUUUGCCCAGUUCUGCUUCAGUUUUAUUUAAUAGCAGUGAUGGUGUUGUGAAAAGCAAGGGAGGUGCAGGAUCGAUGAUGAAGAAAUCUCCAAAACAACUAGUGAAAAAUAAGAUUUCACAGUCUGUUGAUUCCAUUUUAGCCGUAAAUGUGUCUGCAAUAAUUUAUCGAUUGGACGAUACAAACGACCUGAUAUUUGAUAGUCGUUUCAAUGUCAAGAUAAAUGAUUCAAAUAUAAAAGAUGCUUAUCACCGAUUACAAAACGAUAAUGCAAAAUUGAUAAACGAAUUGAGUCGCUUAUUGAAACGGGAAUGUGAUAAUGUGGGACAGAUAAAAACAAGUGAUUCUAUGCUGUCAACAUCCCCACCCACAAACGAUUCGUCCCACUCAAAUGUCCUGAGCUCAAAAUCUAUAUUCCGUUCGAGCAGUAUAUCUACAUCAAAUUCUGAUUGUGUCCGGCCUAAAGUAUGGAGAUAG